AUGCGUAGUAAUAAAUCCCAAUAUGAAGCUAAUAAUGGGCAUGAGAAACUGUCUAGAGUGGUAAAAUCGGCCUUUAUUAACAAGCUUAGACGAGAGGUGGUGGGAAGGGAACAACGGGUUAUCUUGUUGAUGUACCAAUAUUAUUGUUCAGUACAAGAAGCAACUCUUGGGCGAUGUCGCACAAACACUCAGGAACAACAAUCACAGCCACAACCCCCAACGCACGGCCCUCCCAACCUAGGGUGGGUGAAGGGAACAGUUGCAUCUCUCACCCAAUACUCAACGUUUCCAAAAAUGGUUUCCAUAAUGGUUUCUGUAGCUUCAAGAUGCCUUCAGUACACGAUUAAUCUUGGCCAUUAUUUUGGUUUAUGCAAAAAAAUGCUUCACAGACCUUGUAAUUCAGCACGUGAUCUCUUGAGCUUGGGUUUAUCAGCUACUGUAUAUAGCUCAGUAUCAUCAAUUGUGUACGGUGACAAGGCUUACCGAACCAUCAUUGCUAAAAAAAGCAGUUCCAAAAAGAGGACAAAAAUCUUUUUUGUUUAUAUUUCGUUUUCUUCUUCGACAUUGGUGAGAAACUUUGUCCAGUAA